AUGCGACGCAGUGCCGCGAAUGAGCGAGAACGUCGGCGAAUGAAUACCCUAAAUGUUGCUUACGAUAAGCUACGUACCGUACUACCCGAAAUGGACUCCGGCCGUCGCUUAUCCAAAUAUGAAACUUUGCAAAUGGCCCAGCAAUAUAUUGCUUGCCUUAUGGAAAUUCUAGGCGAAGGCAGCCCUAAACAAUCUCCACAGAAGUGA